AUGUGGAGGGAGACGAUUCCCGCGGUCGGGAGAGGAAGGACGUCGUCGCUCCGAUGGAACGCCGGCACCAAGGAGCGGAUGCUGAUCAAGGUGACGGACCGCGAGCCGAGCUUCCUCCUGCACCAGGGCAACGGCUUCGCCCCCGAAUCCCAGGCGGGGCCGCGCUCCCGCCGCCCCUCCGGCGGCGGCCAACAGUCCCCCAACCUCCAGACCUUCUCCUCCUCCUCGGACGCCGACGGCUCCGUGUUCUUCCCGGAGAGGAAGGCGUCGCCCUUCCUGAAGAGGGCCGAGCUCUCCGGGAGCUGCUCCCCGCUGCUGGGCCGGGGGGACCCCUUCUGCUCCCCGCUGCAGGCGCAGCAGCACCGCAAGCACUCGGCCGAGUCGCAGCCGUCGUCGCCGCGCUACGCCUACGAGCCGCCGCUCUACGAGGAGCCCCCCAUGGAGUACCAGGCCCCCAUCUACGACGAGCCCCCCGUGGACAUGCAGUACGAGCCCGGCGGCGGCGGCGGCGGCGGCUACAAGGCCGGCUCGCCCCAGAAGUCGCCGGUGCGGAAGCCGCACCCCUUCCUGCAGUCGCCCAAGCAAGGCUCCAACUCGCCCUACCAGCAGCUGGUGCUCACCAAGCAGAAGUGCCCCCCCGACCGCUUCAUGAGCCUGGAGUACAGCCCCGCCGGCAAGGAGUACGUGCGCCAGCUCGUCUACGUGGAGCAGUCGGGCUCCAGCCCCAAGAUGAAGACGGGCCUGAGGCACAAAUACUCCCCCAACCCCAUCGGGGGCUCCUACUCGCUGCAGCACAGCCCCUGCCUGGUGCGGGACCAGCGCCUGGACGUCAAAUCUGGCGAUUACAGCAGCAUGGAAGGGCCCGACUUCUGCCCCGGCGGUGGCCAAGUGGCCCCGGGCGAGGACUCCAUGUCGUGGUCCAGCCAGCAGGACACCUUGUCCUCCACGGGCUACUCGCCCUCCACCAGGAAGAGGAAGAGCCGGAAGCCUUCGGUGGCCCACGAGCCCAACGCCUCGGCCGCGGACGGCUCCGGGGAGAGGGAGGUGCUGGGGGAGCAGCUGCCAGGGGAUGAACGAACCGCCCCGGGGCCCAACCGCUCGCCCAUGAACCGGACGGAGAGCAAGGCGGCCGAGGCGGAGGCGGGACGGGGCUUCCCGGAGCCCUUCCUGGCGCAGGCCCGCCUGGCGUGGGAGGCGCAGCAGGCCCAUUACCACAUGAAGCAGAGGAGCAGCUGGGAUUCCCAAAAGGACGGAUCCGGCUACGAGAGCGACGGCGCCCUCCCCCUGCCCAUGCCGGGCCCGGUGGUGAGGGCCUUCAGCGAGGACGAGGCGCUGGCGCAGCAGGAGAACAAGCACUGGAAGAGGAACACCUUCGAGAAGCUGGGCUUCCCCCAGAUCCUGCUGGAGAAGAGCGUCUCCGUCCAGACCAACCUGGCCUCUCCCGAGCCCUACCUGCACCCGUCCCAGUCCGAGGACCUCGGCGCCUGCGCCCAGUUCGAGAGCAGCCGCCAGACCAGGAACAUGAUGCCGAGCGCCAGCUGCGUCUUCCCCACCUUCAACCUGCGCAAACCCUCCUCGGAGACGGACAUUGAGAACUGGGCCUCCAAGCACUUCAACAAGCACACCCAAGGGCUCUUCCGCCGCAAGGUCUCCAUCGCCAACAUGUUGGCCUGGAGCAGCGAAUCCAUCAAGAAACCCAUGAUCAUGACCAACGACCGCAACGUCAAGAAGGAGGCGUGCGAGAUCUUCAAGCUCAUCCAGAUGUACAUGGGCGACCGGCGGGCCAAGACGGACCAGCUCAACGUGGCCUUGGAGAUCGCCACCAAGGGCUGGAGCGUGCAGGGGCUGCGAGACGAGCUCUACAUCCAGCUGUGCCGGCAGACCACCGAGAACUUCCGUUACGAGAGCCUGGCCCGGGGCUGGGAGCUCAUGGCCAUUUGUUUGGCCUUUUUCCCCCCCACUCCCAAAUUCCAUUCCUACCUAGAAGGAUACAUUUACCGGCACAUGGACCCGGUGAAUGACACGAAAGUGACGCGGCACAUCCGUCACCUCCUGGAAAGGACCAAUCAGAAGAAACCCAAAUUGCGAAAGAAACCCAAGCCCCAAAUCGAGGAGCACCAUGGUAGGGACCCCCCAAAAUCUGGGAGCACCCCAAAGCCGGGACCCCCCUGGAUCAAUCCUGGGAAACCCCAGAACGACCCUUCACCCCCCCAGAUCAAUCAGGAUCCCCCGGAUCCAGCUGGGAUCACCCAAAAAUCUGGGAUAGCCCAAAGCCUGUGA